CACGUGACCAAACACGGAAGUAAUUUCUUUACUGUUCGAAAUCGGUCGUUUGAUUCAGUUGGGUCAACAUUUACACACUUUUUGAACAAGUUAUUCAAUCGAUUUCAACUGUAAAGAUGACACAAGCAGAAAAGGAGCAGGAUAAUGGAAAGGAAAAGGAAAAAGAACGCGAAAAAGAGAAGGAGAGAGAGCAGCGAGGAGUGAAAAGACCCAUUGCUCCGCCGAUCAUCCCGGAGCCUCUCCAGGAGCAAAUACAGAGCAACUUUGUAAUAGUUAUCCAUCCCGGAUCAAGGACGCUCCGCAUUGGCCGAGCGACGGACAACAUUCCGGUCACGGUCCCACACGUGAUAGCGCGCCGUCACAAGCAAAGUGGCCAACCCAGAUAUGAAGACGCCUGGUUGCUCAGGGACGGUCUAAAUAAACCCGAGAGUAACGAACAAAGGCAGAAUGGCCUUAAAAUGGUUGACCAGGCCAUUUGGUCCAAGAAGAUGUCAAAUGGAGUGAGGAGGACGCCAGUGACUGCGGAGCAGGCGAGAGCGUACAACUGUAAGAUCCGUCCAGCUGUGCUAGACAGCAGCUCAAGAGUCAAAUGGACCAACACAGCUCACCAUCCCCCACAUUUGAUAGGAGAGGAGGCCCUGUAUGUGAAACCAACAGACAGUUACAACAUCCACUGGCCUAUAGUACGAGGUCAACUCAACGUGCACUCUGGUCCAGGAGGCUCGAUGACUGCUGUACUGGCUGACCUCGAGACCAUUUGGAGUCAUGUUAUACAGAAGAACUUGGAGAUCCCCCUCAAAGACCUAAAGUACUACAGAUGCAUCCUCUUGGUACCUGAUAUCUACAACAGGCAACAUGCCAAGGAACUGGUCUCGAUGCUUCUGAUUAAUAUGGGCUUUUCAGCAAUUAUAGUGCACCAGGAGUCCGUAUGUGCCACAUUCGGCAGCGGGUUGAGCAGCGCUUGCGUCGUAGACGUGGGAGAUCAGAAGACAAGUCUCUGCUGUGUAGAGGAUGGAGUUUCCCAUCGGAACUCCAGGUUGUCUUUGGCAUACGGUGGCGCAGAUGUGACCCGCAUUUUAUUCUGGCUCCUCCAAAGGGCAGGAUUUCCAUAUAGAGACUGUCAGCUGUCCAACAGAUUGGAUUGUCAGUUACUACAACAUAUCAAGGAGACGCUAUGUCAUCUCGACCAGGACAUAUCAGGACUCCAAGAUCAUGAAUUUCAAACACGUUUCCCAGAUGCUCCAGCUCUUCUAUUCCAGGUUCGCUUAGGAGAUGAGAAAUUACAGGCACCCAUGGGAUUGUUUUACCCCAGCACAUUUGGUAUCGUGGGUCAGAAGAUGACAUCACUACAGUAUCGUUCCCAAGGUGACUCCGAAGACCCUCAUGAUGAACUAUAUUUACUGGCCACACACAGCAAACAGGACCAGUCUUCCAAAUCUGCUACAGACCGCAAAGCGAUUUCAAGACCUGGUGGAGCUUUGGACAGUGACAUGAGUGGUCAAGGAGGCAUUGGGGAACUAUCAGAACUGCCCAGGGGGAGCGGCAGCAGUGGAGCAAUGCAAGGGGAGACAGACAUCGGGGCUGUGCAGGGGGAGUGCCUGAUGGGAGUUGGGGAGGCAGAAGAACCACUCUCCACACAUCUCUCCAGAAAGACUGCAAUCAUGAACCAGUUUGAAGGGAAAGCACUGGGCUUAGAUAAAGCCAUCCUGCAUAGCAUUGACUGCUGUGCCUCGGACGAAACAAAGCGAAAGAUGUACAGCUCAAUCCUGGUCGUGGGCGGAGGGCUGAUGUUUCAUGGUGCUCAGGAGUUCCUGCUUCACCGCAUCAUUAACAAGAUGCCUCCAUCCUUCAGAAGGCUUGUGGACAACGUGGAAGUUAUCACAAGGCCAAAGGACAUGGACCCCCGACUGAUAUCAUGGAAAGGGGGAGCAGUGCUAGCCUGUCUGGACACAACACAAGAAAUGUGGAUUUACCAGAGAGAGUGGCAGCGGUUUGGCGUUCGAAUGUUACGUGAGCGAGCUGCUUUUGUUUGGUGAAACCACAAAGGUUUACACAAACACUGAUUUGUUUUGUCUUCUCCUAUGAUUUUCAAGAAAAAAGUUGUUUUGAUGAUUGUUUCACAUUCACAAAUUACAAUAAAAACAUGGGUGUGUGGUAGGCCUGCACAAUAUAUUGUUUGAACAUCGCCAUCGCGAUGUGCGCAUGCGCUUUAGUCCCAUCGCAGGAUGUGCGUUUGUUUUUUUAACACGCGUCUGUGUGAUUAAAGUACUGUAUGAGAAAACUAUCAAUGUGUUUUAGUGUGUACAAGGCUGUGUGGGUCACCUGAUCUUUUUAUUUUGUUGUUUAAAAUGUUUUAAUAUUUUUGCUGCUGUUGAGGUGUGAAAUAGUGUUAAAUAAAUCGAUUUUGUGCUGAGA